CCUAAAAGGUGCGGCCCCGGGCACCCGGGGCGGGGGCAGGUCAGGCGGGACCCGCGGCCGGGCGAGUCCACCUCGCUCGUACGGAGCGGGGGUUCUGGAGCCCUGGGGCGGCCCCGGGAGGCCGGGAAAGUCAGUCGGCUUUCCUCUUUAAUUACUUACACCUCCCUCUGGGCGCCGACAUUUUGGGCAGCGGGGGCAGCGUCACUUCCACCCGGGGGGCCCCUCGACUUCCGCCUUGGCUCCCUUCUCCCCCGCACUCCACCUUUCUCCCGCCCUCUUGGCUUCCCCCUCCCCGCCGCCCGCCCUUCUCCCUCUUUCCCGUCCCUUUCCCAGCACUGGGGUUAGAGAAGCCAGGUUGGUGCCAUCUUGGGUGAGGGCAGGGAGAAAGGGCGGGACUUAGGGUGACCCUCGGCGCCAUACAGACUAAGGGCAAUAGGCUCUGCGCGAGGCUCCUCCCCGCCGUGUCAUCGCUGGCGGGUGACAACGCGGAUAAGGACAGAUUAAAUUCCCUUUUCGCAGCCUCAGACUCCUCUUGAGUAGGAUGUAGAAUUGCAUUAGGAGAAAAGAGAAAUCGAAGUUCGCCGACUGCGAUACAGAGAUAGGAGGAAAAACCAGGCUCCAUCUUGUGCUUAGCCCUCCACUGGGCUUUGAAGCCUGUCAGGCGCCAUGUUAAUUACGGGAACGAGCAGCCAUUUUCCCGCUCCUCAUCCUUUCGCCCGGCUCCAGUGCCCAGACCCAAGCCCCCCACUGCUCAAUGGACACCCCCAGCCCAGACCUGUUGCCUUCGCCUUUGCCCGGGGAGGAAGAGAAACCUCUGGCCUUACCUCCUCCUGUUCCCCGGGGCCGCCGAGGCCGACGUCCCGGGGGGGCCACCUCCUCGAAUCGGACGCUCAAGGCCUCCCUCCCUCGCAAGCGGGGCCGCCCCCCCAAGUCGGGGCAGGAGCCCCCGCUGGCGCAGGGGGUGACAGCCCCGGUGGGCAGCAGCGGUGGCAGUGACCUCCUGUUGAUCGAUGCUCAGGGUGUGCCCUAUACAGUCUCUGAAGGGUCAGCGGCAGGCGGGCCUGAGGGCUCCGGCCCUAAGAAGGCCCCGCACUUCUGCCCGGUGUGCCUGCGGGCCUUCCCCUACCUCUCCGACCUGGAGCGCCACAGCAUCUCGCACUCGGAGCUGAAGCCCCACGAGUGCAAGGAUUGCGGCAAGACCUUCAAGCGGUCCAGCCACCUGCGGCGGCACUGCAACAUCCAUGCCGGCCUGCGGCCCUUCCGCUGCCCGCUCUGCCCCCGCCGCUUCCGCGAGGCGGGCGAGCUGGCCCACCACCACCGCGUCCACUCCGGGGAGCGCCCCUACCAGUGCCCGGUCUGCCGGCUGCGCUUCACGGAGGCCAACACGCUCCGGCGCCAUGCCAAACGCAAGCACCCGGAGGCCAUGGGGGCACCCCUGUGCGACCCAGGGCCUGAACCACCAUGGGACGACGAGGGCAUCCCGGCCACGGCGGGGGCCGAUGAGGAGGAGCUGGAGGCCAAGGAGUUGGCCUGACCUGCAACCCCGGCUACUGCUCCCUGGGCCAGGUUUAGAGCUGGGAGUUCAGCUGGGCCUGGGCAGGGAGGUCGGGACACCCUCGUGUCUGGUGGUCUUCCCGUUGUGGGAGGGGCUUGAGGGUGAGGACCUAAACUUCAGGGUCCUGCUGCCUCCUGCCACCCUCCCCCGGACUAACAGGCCCUUGGAGCCAGGGGCCGUGGAAAUAAAUCUCUGCCUACUGGC